AUGAUAUUCAACCCGUUAUCAUCUGUUAUCAUCUGUCGAAUCAGAUCACCAAACAAGCCUCGAAUACCCGAACUGGAGAACUCAGAUGCCGCGUUGCAGCAUGCCGGGUUCGAGCAGCUCGCUCAGCUGCACACGUUGUUUUCAGACUUUUACGCAGAAAUCGUCCUUGACAAGACAUUCUCGGCGCUGUUUGCGCGGCACGCAAGCACCCACAAGGAAAAAGUCUUGCACAUGUUGCGCGCGUGCCAGGGCGCGUUUGAAGGCACUCGUACAAGCACGCACACUUCAGCAUCCGAGGACCCUGAAUCGGGGAGCGGACGCAUCGAGCUGGCUGGCGAACAUGAAGCCUCAGUUUUUAACCGAAGAAUUCCCCAUUCGGUUGACACAGCGCCAUCAAGCAACACGUCCAACACUUGGCGAGAUGAGUGGACGACGCCAGGAAUCACAUCUGUGUCUAGCGGCAGCGACCUCUACGACACUGUGGAACAGGCGAGGCAUCAUGGAAUUCCAGCAACGGCGAUGAUUUCAGAAGAGCGACGACAAGCGCUUCUGGGUUUUGCGCCUGGAAUGCACGUUAGUGACAAUUUUGCAAAGCGAACAAUGCAAUUUAUUAUUCGAGUGUUAAGAAGCUGGCCUGUUUUGUUGGCGACGCAUUCCGCGUUUAAUUUACCACCAAUGAUACACAAGGUACAAGUAGCCGAUGGCAUUCCGAAGCCGCUGGGUAACUGUUUCACACUGUGCAAGAUGUGGUAUGGGCAGGUUGAUGGCAGCAAGGACAUUGUCCUGAACAAGAUCAUGCUCGAACUGGAAAGGUUGUUCCAAGAGCACCCAAGCUAUUCGGAACUGGAUCUGCUUGCCGCUGCGCAGUCUGUGUUACUGCUACUUAUCAUCAUAUGUUUUGGAGAGGAGCAGCAGCGGAAAGGGCCUCCGGCUCCAAGACAAGUGGAAUUGGUCAUACAAGCCUGGGACAUCAAGCAUAAGUUGGCUGAGACAGGACUUUUCCUGCCAGAGGAGUCUAGUAACAGUAUGCCGUCUUGGACAAAAUGGGCUAUAGUCUCUUCGAAGCGCCGAACUAUUCUCGCCAUGCAUCAUCUCGAGUGGUCCUGGUCGGUCCGCCAUGGCUACCCUAUCCUCACAUGUUUUGAGCUUGCGCCUUUUCCAGCUCCCGCAGCCAAGGACCUUUGGCAAGCCGCCAAUGAAAAGAAAUGGAAGAAGCGUUAUGCCGAGUGGCUUCACCUAUGGAAGGGAGAUAGCUACAAGGUUGGGGAAUUCUUUCAUAUCCCGUUUGAAGGGAAUUUGGACGACAGAAGCGAAAGAUGGCUUGCCGAGGCGGAUGAAUUUGGCAUGAUGCUUAUGGCUGAAGUAAACUCGAGGAGCAAUUCGGAGGCAUUACUAAGGGCUUAA